AAUUUAGCCUGCCAGAGGGCGUGUACGCUGAAAGUCGGUCUUUUCACAGUGCGGCAGUAAGGGGCACUGUUGACUCACCGAGAGGGAUUCACCAUGGCUUCAGCACUGCAUUGCACGUUUUGUGUGCUGUGUUAUAUUUAUAUUUUUUCUUUGGUUUUCUCCAGUGUAUUUUGCGACGCGGAUGCAGAAGAACAUGAGCAUGUCAAGCACACAUACACGGUGGAGAUGUUCAACGAGGCAAUGCCCACCACACCCCACUUUGUCAUGUUUUAUGCCCCAUGGUGUGGCCAUUGCCAGAGAUUACAGCCAACAUGGAAUGAACUGGCAGACAAAUACAACAGCAUGGACGAGCCACCAGUGUAUGUGGUAAAAGUAGACUGUGUCCAGGACACCAAGUUCUGCUCCAAUGUCCACGGGGUUAGAGGCUACCCUACGCUGAAGUUGUUUAAGCCAGACAAGGAGGCAGUUAAGUACCAGGGGCCCAGAGAUCUGCAGUCUCUGGAGACCUGGAUGCUAAAGACACUCCAGGAGGAGUCUGAGGAACCAGAGACUGAACUGGAGCCUCCCAAAGCCCCAGAACCCAAACAGGGCAUGUAUGAGCUCACUGCUGUCAACUUUAAGGCCCAUAUAACCAAAGGGGCUCAUUUUGUUAAGUUCUUUGCCCCGUGGUGCGGCCACUGUAAAGCCAUGGCCCCAACCUGGGAACAGCUGGCCACCAAUUUUGAGCACUCUGAUGCCGUCAAGAUAGGAAAGGUGGACUGUACACAGCACUAUGAAGUGUGUUCUGACAACGGCGUGCGGGGAUAUCCCACACUGCUCUUCUUCUACAGUGGGCAGAAGACAGAACAGUACAAAGGAAAAAGAGACCUGGACACUUUGAAGGACUUUGUGGAAGACCAGCUGAAGGCUGUCAUUGCUGAGAAGCUAGAGCAGGAACCAAGUGAGGAACAAAAAGCAAAUGAUAUCCCCACUGAUGAGCCAGCCAAGGACGAGGUAAAGUCAAGUGUGUUGGUCCUGACAGAGAACAAUUUUGAUGAGUCAGUGGCCAAGGGCUUCACCUUCAUCAAAUUCUAUGCUCCAUGGUGCGGCCACUGUAAGAACCUCGUUCCAACAUGGGAGGAUCUUUCCAAGAAAGAGUUUCCCGGCUUCACUGAUGUCAAGAUAGCCAAAGUGGACUGCACUGUUGAGCGCACACUCUGUAACAAGUACUCUGUGCGAGGUUACCCCACGUUGAUCAUCUUUAGGGCGGGGGACGAAGGUGACGAGCAUCAUGGUGGGCGGGACUUGGAGAGCCUGUACAGCUUUGUUAUGAUGCAGGCGAGAGACGAGCUGUAGAAGCAGUAAAGUCAGCGCCCACACUGCAUAACUGGCCAGUUGGACACCUCUCUCUCUUAUACAGUAGCCAGACCUCUCUUUAUCUCUCUCUCCACUCGGGUUCUCUUCAGAAAGGAAUCAGCCAGUGACAGACAGAGGCAGUCUGUUCUCUCUCCAGUGUUCAAGGACAGAAUUAUUUAGUAGUGUUUUGGAUUUGAGUGUAUUUCUCAUUGCUAUUACCCAACCACAGAUCUCGUAAUAUGGAGAAUACUAUUGUACUGGUUGGGUCUGCAAGUGAAGUAAUACUGUAUGUUUGGCACCCACUUUGCAAGCACUGCAAAUUGAUCAGAACCAGAAUUCCUCACAUAAGUAAUGUUUAUUAAAAAGGGUAGCACUGAAGCACAAAUGUUCCAGUUUCUGCCUGUUAAAAAUCAGUUGUUUCUGAACUAAAUUCUGUAGCCUUUAACUUUUUUUAAAUGCAAAAUUUUAUACAUGGGAUCUGUUGUUAAAUAAUGAGCCAUUAAUGUUACCGUACUGUUACUCAAAAGGUUGUAAAGUUUGCGUCACCCAAAUCUGAAGUUGAGGUAAAGUUGAGGGUACCUCAUAUCCAUGCCAGUAAUGGCCUGUCUGACUUAACUCUCAGGGAACUCUCACUUCCAGGCUACAGGGAGUUGAGACAGAGGCUUCUUUUAUUGUCAUGGGAGUCAUGACAUGGCACAGGAACAUGAUUAAAUUUUUCUCUUCAUGUUUAAGAGUCAAAUAAAGAUCAGAUUGAUUUCUCAUGUUAAUUGGAAUAUAAAAAUAAAUUGGUAAAGAUCUUAGUCAUGUACACUACUGGAUUUUCUUACCCCUGUGACCUGAGCCACCUCUCUCUGCUCAUCCUAGCAUUCAGUGUCUCAUGGGCCACAGACCAUGUUGCUCCAUAUCUCUCUUACUGAACAUUUUCAGAGUUGCUGCCAGUUCUGUUUCAUUUUUUUGUUCAUUCAGAAAGACCCAUCAAAUACAGUUCAUUUGGAACAGCUGGAGCUUUGUGUAAAAUCUUUCCUUAAAACUGUCCCCUCAUAACAUUGUCAAAUGUAAUACAAAAACUGUCAAGUUUUUUGGGGUUUUUUGCUAUAUCUCUUACAUGCGACGGUGUUGGGAACCAGCAGUUUGAGCAGGACAGGACAGUUGGUCACUUUGACCCAGUAUUGUUUAAAACACAAGUACUAUCAGAUUGAUGCUAAACCCUUAAUCAGAGCUCUUUUUAAUGGCACUGUUCUCCUGGUCAUCUUUUUGAGUAAAGAAUAGGUUUAGUUGAAAGCUAUUACAAGCUGACGUCUUUGAUUGGACAUUUUUAUAAUAAUACUUGUGAGGUUAGAACAGAAAGAACAUUGUCCCUAAGCUCAGGGCCAGGUGGGCUUGCUAGCAUCAUAUCACCUGUCUAUGAUUGUGAUUUAUUCUUAGUGAUUGAGCCAGCUGCAUCUUGUAGCAUCAGAUUGAUGCUAAACCCUCAAUCAGAGCUCUUUUUAACGGCACUGUUUUCCUGGUCAUCUUUUUGAGUAAAGAAUAGGUUUAGUUGAAAGCUUUUACAAGCUGACGUCUUUGAUUGGACAGUUUUAUAAUAAUACUUGUGAGGUUAGAACAGAAAGAACAUUUACCCUAAGCUCAGGGCCAGGUGGGCUCGCAGCAUCAUAUCACCUGUCUAUGAUUGUGAUUUAUUCUUAGUGAUUGAGCCCGCUGCAUCUUCCUAUUCUUACUGUAAACACAGGUUAGGUGAGUUAAUCAAACUAAGAUCUGUUGGUCUCCUGUAUACUGUAUAAGAAACAUUAACCCACAAAUCUUACUUGUACAGAGGAUUAAUUGAUUCAAAAGUCAAAGGCCAAGAAAUGUAUUCUGUCACAACCCUGGUUAUAAUAGUAUUUUCAGUUUUUCCAAUAAAAGUUUGUCUUUUCAAUGCACUUUCUGUGAUUAAUCAUGAUGUAGCAAACUACAUCCACAUGCAAGGCCAUGCCCAUUCCAAUGCAAAUGCUCUUUGACCCAAUUUAAGAGAAAAGUACUGCACAAUGCAAGGUACCAUUUAUUGUCUAAUCCAGGUACGCAAACAUUCAGAGACACAUUAUGGAUAGCAACAUGGUCUGAGGAACUCCAGUGACAGAAGUUUUUUUUCCUUGUGAGUUAUGGGUUGUGCACUAACCAUGGGUUUUGAACAAAAAGUAAAUAAUGGCAAGUUGUAACAUGAGAUUUCAUAAUAAAUUUUUUUUAAAUAA